UCUCCUAGUACUUCAAAUACACGAUUCUCGGACUCGAUUUCGUUCUUCAGCUCAUCCACGGCCCGAAGAAAAGAAAAGAAAAGAAAAGAAAAGAAAUGCAGCCCAGUGCAGAAAUUAACCAGCGAAUUGCAAGAAUUUCAGCUCAUCUCCACCCUUCAAAUCUCCAGAUGGAGGAAAGUUCCAUCUUGAGGCGCACAGCUUGUCGGGCGAAAGGCGGGGCACCCGGAUUCAAAGUUGCGAUCUUGGGCGCUGCUGGAGGCAUAGGGCAGCCUCUAGCGUUGCUGAUGAAGAUGAAUCCACUGGUUUCGGUUCUGCAUCUCUAUGAUGUUGUCAAUGCUCCUGGAGUCACGGCAGACGUCAGUCACAUGGACACUGGUGCUGUGGUACGUGGGUUUUUGGGACAACCACAAUUGGAGAGUACACUUGCAGGGAUGGAUCUUGUUAUAAUUCCAGCCGGUGUUCCAAGAAAGCCGGGAAUGACAAGGGACGACUUGUUCAAGAUCAAUGCUGGGAUUGUCCGGACCCUUUGUGAAGGGAUUGCUAAGUGCUGCCCUAACGCAAUUGUGAACUUGAUCAGCAAUCCAGUGAAUUCCACUGUUCCAAUUGCUGCCGAGGUUUUCAAGAAAGCUGGCACCUAUGAUCCAAAGCGUCUUUUGGGAGUGACAAUGUUGGAUGUUGUGAGAGCCAAUACUUUCGUGGCAGAGGUCUUGGGAAUUGAUCCUAGGGAAGUUGACGUUCCAGUUGUCGGUGGUCAUGCAGGAGUUACAAUCUUACCCCUUCUAUCACAGGUUAAGCCACCGUGCUCUUUCACUUCUCAAGAAAUUACUCACUUGACAGAUCGCAUCCAGAAUGGGGGAACUGAAGUUGUUGAGGCAAAAGCUGGGACGGGCUCUGCAACACUGUCAAUGGCAUAUGCUGCUGCUAAAUUCGCAGAUGCGUGCUUGAGGGGCUUACGAGGUGAUGCUGGAAUUGUAGAGUGCUCAUUCGUGGCUUCUCAGGUGACUGAACUUCCUUUCUUUGCGUCAAAAGUACGAUUAGGCCGUACUGGAGCAGAGGAAAUCUUCCCUCUAGGACCACUGAAUGACUUUGAAAGGUCGGGCUUGGAGAAGGCGAAGAAAGAGCUAGCAGGAAGCAUCCAGAAGGGGAUCUCUUUUAUCAGGAAGUGAUCAAUGGAUAUAUUAGUUGAUAUGAGUAGGAAAUCUCACCUCGUAUGAUAUGGUCCUUUUGUAUACUUUGCUUUGUAGA